AAUUAGAUAGAUAUAUAUCAUGUGGUUGAACUUGGAUCUUCAUGCAUGUUACAUAUAUAGUAGUUCGAUCAAACAAAAUUGAGAACUCAGACCACACAUGAAGAUGAGUCUAGUAACCCAAUGUCUAUCAAUUGAUCUUCUAGCCUUAUUUCUCCUUCUCAUCCCAUUGCUUCAAAUCAAAGCCCUUGCCCUUCACACAACAUCUUCCCUUAGUCGUGUCAACACCAUUAAUGUUGCUAGCAACGAGACUGAUUUCCGUGCAUUAUUGGCCUUUAAGUCAACUAUUCUCCCAGAAUAUCGACAGGCCUUGAGCUCAUGGAAUGAGUCUCUCCAUUUCUGCCACUGGCAAGGCGUCAAAUGCGGUCGCCGACACGAACGAGUCACCGUUGUAAAUCUCACAUCCAGAGGUUUAACGGGUUCUUUGUCUCCUUACAUCGGAAACCUUAGUUUUCUCCGGGAGCUUAGCCUCUUUAACAACACUCUUACAGGUGAAAUUCCAACUGAACUCGGUAAUCUUUUCAGGUUAUACAUACUAAAUCUAGGCGUUAACGGUUUUGAAGGGAAAAUUCCACCAAGCCUAUCUCGUUGCUCCAAUCUCAAGUUCCUUAGUGUACGCAUAAAUAAGCUAGUUGGAGAGUUCCCAAAAGAACUUGCUUCUUCAAUGCCUAGACUCACAUCACUCUACGUCAAUAACAACAAUUUGACCGGGGGGAUUCCUCCGUCAAUUGGGAAUCUUACUUCUCUGGUAAACUUUAGUGCCAUUUACAAUCCGUUUGGAGGAAGUAUUCCAAAUUCUUUUGGUCAAUUGAAAAAUCUAAGGAUACUGGCGCUGGGUGCCACUCAAAUUUCAGGUACCAUCCCUCCUUCCUUAUACAACCUAUCGUCGCUAGAAAUAUUAUCGGUGGCUUUUAAUCGACUUCGGGGUAGUCUUCCGCUGACAUUCGGUUUCAUAUUCCCUCACCUUCAGCUCCUUCAGCUAGAGCACAACCAAUUUAAUGGUCCCGUUCCGCUUUCAUUAUCCAACUCUUCGGAGUUGGUACAACUCGCAUUGGAACAUAACAGUUUCAGUGGAAAAGUAAGAAAUGAUUUCGGAAACCUACAAUAUCUCCAAUGGAUAAGUCUAGGUUAUAACAAUUUUGAAACUAAGGGAUCUGAUGGACUUGCCUUUCUCAGUUCCUUGAGCAAUUGUAGCAACUUGGAGUGGGUACUUUUGGAGAAUGGCACAUUUGGAGGGGUAUUACCAGACUAUGUGGGUAAUCUAUCCAUUUCUGUCUAUGCCUUGGGACUAGCUGGAAAUAAAUUGUAUGGGUCUAUUCCUUCAACAAUAGAAAACCUUGUGAAUCUGGUAGCCUUAACUCUAACGGUUAACCUAUUCACAGGCCAGAUUCCCAGUAGUAUAGGUCAUGUUCAUAAGUUGCAGAGGUUGUCAAUUUCAUACAACGCUCUCUCAGGUGAAAUUCCAGACUCUAUUGGAAAUUUGUCCUUGAUAGAAGAACUUUACUUGGAGAAAAACAGACUAGAGGGGGCCAUACCCGCAAGUCUUGGCAACUGUCAAAAAUUGUUAUGGCUAUCACUUUCUGAAAAUAAUCUUAAUGGGAGCAUACCAAGACAACUAUUGACGAUCUCUUCUCUGUCAAUUAGAUUGGAUCUAGCUCGCAACCGUUUCUCUGGAUCCUUGCCACUUGAGGUUGGAAACCUCAAAAAUUUAGUAAAAAUGGAUAUCUCCGAGAAUGGUUUGUUUGGUGAAAUUCCUGAGACUCUGGGUAGCUGCAGUAGCCUUGAAUACCUAUAUGUUCAUCAAAAUUUCUUUCAAGGAUCUAUUCCUUCUUCAAUGGAAUCCUUGAGAGGUAUUCAGGAUCUGGACCUUUCUGAGAACAACUUAUCCGGUCAAAUUCCGAAAUUCUUAGGGACAUUUGACCUGAAAAAACUCAAUUUGUCUUUUAAUAAUUUCGAAGGAGAGUUACCAAUGAAAGGCGUUUUUACAAAUGCAAGUGCAAUAUCAGUUGCCGGAAACUAUAGGCUUUGUGGUGGCAUUUCCGAACUACGACUACCUCAAUGCACCACGAAAAAAACAAGAAAUGAGAUAUCUCUUUCGAAGACGUUAGCAAUCACGACAGCUUCGGUACUCAUUGGAGUAACCGUAGUGUCUUCUUUCAUCAUAUAUUUAUUUAAGAAGAAAAGGACGACCAAACAUGCAGUUUCAUUGUUAAAAGAUCCAUUCUUGAAAGUCUCUUAUGGAGAACUUCUCAAAGCAACUGAAGGUUUCUCUUCGACGAAUCUGCUUGGUUUUGGUAGUUUCGGUCGUGUGUAUAAAGGUGUUAUGGAACAAAACGGGAUUUUGGUUGUUGCGGUCAAAGUACUUGACCUUCAAACUCAUGGCGCUACCAAGAGUUUCAUGGCAGAGUGCGAAGCCUUAAGGAAUAUUCGACACCGAAACUUGGUUUCGAUCAUAACUGCUUGUUCUAGCAUGGAUUUUCAAGGGAAUGAGUUUAUGGCUUUAGUUUACGAGUUUAUGCCGAAUGGAAGUCUAGAUAAUUGGUUGCAUCCUAUUCCGGAAGCAAAUAAUGGGGAACGCGAGUUCGUGGGACUCAAUCUUCUACAAAGAGUAGACAUUGCCAUAGACGUGGCUUGUGCACUCGAUUAUCUUCAUCACCAAUGCGAAAUGCCAAUUAUUCACCGUGAUCUAAAGCCGAGUAAUAUCCUUCUUGAUGGGGACAUGGUUGCCCAUGUUGGAGACUUCGGUCUAGCUAGAUUUCAUGCAGAGCUCAACACUCCAAGUACUAAUAGUUCAAGUGCAAUAAAGGGAACCAUUGGAUAUGCAGCUCCAGAGUAUGGUCUCGGAAGCGAGAUGUCAAUUAGCGGAGAUGUUUAUAGUUAUGGGAUCUUGUUGUUGGAGAUGAUAACAAGGAAGAGACCUACUGACAAAAUGUUUGAGGCAAACCUUAAUCUUUAUAAAUUUGCAAGUAUUGCCUUGCCUCAACGUAUGAUGGAGAUUGUAGAUCCUAUGCUCUUAACCGAGGAGAUAGAUGGCAACAAAAUGAUGGAAAAUCUGAUCUCUCUUAUUAAGAUAGGACUGGGAUGCUCUACAGAGUCCCCAAAAGACCGAAUGAGCAUAAAUACUGCCCUCAAUGAGCUUCAUUUGGUGAAGAAAAAUAUUUUAAAGGUCCGAACAUCGGGGACCCAUAGCUCACACGUUUGACAAGUUUGCUCGGCACGCUCUUGGUAAUUUAUGAUUUUGUGGAACACACUUGAUGGACUCGCAAUAAAGCUAGGGUCCUGAUCGAGCAAGACGUAGUUUUAUCUAUCUACCUCUCCAGACCUCACUUCUUUAAUAUCGUUACUCUUCCAUGCUGUGUCUCAGGAACCUCUUCAAUACUGAAGAAGCCUGAAUGUUUGUGGUUUAGUUUCAAUUUUGUAGUAGAAUCGUGUGUACUUGUAACUCAGACUUGUAUCUUUUGUUGACGGUUGCGCUAGACUUGUGGUCAGGACCGUGAUUAACUGGUUAUGCUUAUGUUUAAUUGA